AAAAAAUUAUUUAAUAUAUCGCCUCCAUUAAAUUAUUUGUAAUUAUAUUUCAACGCUAAUCCGUCCUUGCACGCAGGCUAAUUAAAGAAUAAUUUUUUCUGAAAAUUUGCGUCAUAUAUCGGAAAAUAAGUAUUUCAAGUUCACGGACAUACGAAAAUAAAUCAUAUACGUGUCGAUACUUUAUCUAGACCAAUUAGAGCAUUAAUAAUCACUAAACAAACACAUAAAUAAAAGUCACACGACGUCUCUAUCCUUUAGGUAACUAAAGCGUGCAUUGUCCGCCAUGAGAUAGCGCGCUUAAUAAUUAACAAGCCUGUAUGAGCAGCAUCGAUGAAUGAAUCCUGUUGCGCAGACCGGUAGCUUUCAUUGUAAAAGCUACUGUAUAGUCAUCCCAGGGGGGUUCACCCCAAAGCAUGCUCCCUUUUCCCUAAUUUUUGCUUGAAACUUCCAACCCAAGAAAUUAUUCUUAAUUACAGAUAAUCGACGAAGAUAUAUUGGAAAAUAUGCAAAAGAAAUAUGUUUUCGAAAGGAAAGCGACGGUCGGUAAAAGCUAAAGGGAGCAGGCGUGGACCGUGGGUUCGGGCGUGGGGAUGAACUGUACGGGGAAGGCGAGAGGGAGGAGGACUGGGGCGCUUCCUGUGGUUGGCACUAGCCUAAAAAAGCUCCAUAAACAGAAUCGCGGCCGAAUGUCUUUUCAAUGCAACGAAAAUGGUGAAGUGUGGGAAAAAGUGGGCAUUGAGUAAAGGCUUCGACAGCUCGAACCAUGACAGAGGCGUCAGAGGAUGGUAACUAUCUAGUAAGGGUGCGUGCCCAAGUAAUGACAAGAGAUGAUAGCUCAGGUGGUUGGGUACCUUUAAGUGGAGGUGGUUUGGCAAAUGUGUCUGUUAGAAGAAGAGCAACUUCCUCAAGUGGAAAUGGAGCUGAUAUUUCUACUACAACUGCCUCUACUACCAACUCUACGCACUCUGUGUCCAAUACAGCUGUCCCUAAUGCCCAAAGUCACGGAUCUUCUAGUAGUUCCCCACCUGGGGGGACUAAGAAGAGGCACGAGUAUCUUAUUUAUGGGAAACGCAUCACUGAUCAAUCAGUUGUCCUUAGCUGUACAAUUAAAAAGGAUUUUGAAUAUAAUAAGGUAAUGCCAACUUUUCAUCACUGGAGAACAGGGGAGAAAAGAUUUGGACUGACCUUCCACACAGCUGCAGAUGCCAGAGCUUUUGAUAAGGGCGUUCGCACGGCUGUGGAGGAAUUGCUAGAAGGAUUAACCAAUUCAACCUUAUGUAAUACAUUAGAUGCUGGUGAUGAAGAUGUUUUUAUGACCUUGAAUCUACCUGUGGAACCACCAGAGCCGCGUCCAUCGUCAGACACCCCCCACGGAAUAGUCAGAGUACCCAAGUAUCAUUCCCAGUGUUCAGAACUUCCUGACUCACACAAACCAAUUCACUACAUCGGUGGACCAUCGAUAAAAGCACCACCGUCUCAGCAUCCUCUAGCCUCCUCUGAAGAUGUUGGAUCAGACAAUUAUUCUUAUGUGCAGCUCACCACGCUUAAUCACGAGUAUUUAUAUCCCAUCAUUGGCGAUCACAAAGGAGAUCCGUUGAACAGACACAAUACUAGCAGUUCAUUAAAGAAACCAGAUAUCAUAGUGUCUCAGCCUAGUAAGAAUACUAUGAAACGUAAUGUUCGGUUACGGUGUAAACAUUGCCAAGAGCUGUACACAGAACAGCACAAUCCGAGAGGUUCAUGUGAAUAUGCUCCUGAUCCUAUCAAAAGGGGAAUUGCAAAGAUUUCAUGUUUAUCUUGUGCUCAGGGCAUGCUGUAUCACUGCAUGAGCGAUGCUGAGGGUGAUUUUGCCCAGAAUCCUUGCAGUUGUAGCACAGAAGAAGGAUGCGGACGCAGGUGGUUUGGUUUGGCGUUGUUAUCGCUGAUCGUUCCUUGCUUGUGGAUUUAUCCUCCACUGAGAGCUGUUCAUUGGUGUGGCACAUCCUGCGGGAUGUGUGGAGGACGUCACCAUCCGAUGGAAUAACUGGAGGAACCCUUUGAUGUCUCUGCUCCAUACUCGGUCGAAUUUGCUUCGUCCCGUAGCGCCGUGGCCAACGUGUACGAGUGUCAUGAUCUGAGUAUGGGUCGUUGUCAGAGGUAUCAAAGGGGCAGACAACUUCCGGUACAUGCACUUAUCCAUCAGCGUCAUCUUUGAAAUAAUUUGUUUUGAGAAAAGAAUAUGAGCACAAAUUAUCGCAUUUAGCCCUGAUACCAUGUAUAUUCCAUACAUUUUGUAUAUUUUAUUAGCAAAAUGCAUUGUUUAGUCACAUCUGUACAUUGAACAAUUUCAAAAUGGACGUCUGAAUGAUUGGUCCAUUUACGUUAUUUGGACUGACCAACUAUUUGUGAUACAUUGUGCACAUCGUGAGAAAUUCAGUCAAGAUAUGAGGACACAAUUUGUUAUUCCCAGUUUGAAAGCUAGCUUUUUGACUCAUGUGAAAAUGAUAAGAUUCAAUUUUUGCUGCGAUUGUGAAACAAGAGAAGCAUAGAAAAUUUUAAAUUUUCAUUUUAUUAUAUAAUAUUAUUUAUUUUAGUGCUAUUUUGUGCUUUCAAUGAAAUUAUUUUUACUUCCUUUUUGUAUAAUAUAUAUACAUUCAAACCCAGUGCUGACAAUAUUUGUCUUAAUAUUUCUGAAUGAUUCGUAAUUAGCACAAACUGGUUAAAUAUUGCAUCAAAAAUUCAAGAAUGAAUGUUUGUAGUGAAUAAUUUUCUUAUUAUUAAGUCACUUUGUUCUUAAGCUCCUUUUGUACUGUGCUCUUUGUAUUUAUAUAGUUGGUUAUUUGUUAAAUGGAAUUUCAUACGCUACUAUGUUGGCACAAAUACUAAAUAAUAUCAGUAUUUACUAGUAUCAAUUAUGCACAGUGAAGAUAAGUUUAGUAUUUUGCAGUUUGAAAUUUAAAUUUUCUAAAAAUUUGAUUUUCUGUUUUUCAAUGGAUUUUAUUGUAUUAUAG